AUGUUUUUGCGAGAGAUCAACCGAGUCUACGAAAUGAUUCACCCUUCGUCCUUCCACUCGCGAUAUAACGAGUGGUGGGUGGUACAAGAGAAUGUCGAUGGCAUGUUCGACGGUGGUAUCUCCGACGAGGAUAUCGACUUUGGGCUACUCAUUCUCCGAGUGUGUUUACUCAGCGUUCAGUGUCUGCCACAUUCGAAAUAUCCGACAAGUGGGAUCUUGGAAAUCAACCUCGAUCUCGAUCGUAUAGAGGAAUGGUUCUAUUCCUUGGCGAACGAAAUCGAGAAAGCGCAGCCACCGGAGAAAAAGCCGACCUUGUUUACGAUACAGCAUCGAUUCUAUCAUGUCUGCUACCUGCGAAACUAUGCAAAGAUUCGGGAAUGCUGGUCCGUUUUGAGUGCGACUGUCAAGGAUGCUCAUGAAAUGGGGCUGCAUAUGAAGGAUCCUGGCAUCCCGCUGAGUGAUUUGAGCAUGGAGCUCCGUCGACGUGUCUUUUGGAACUUGUAUGUAAUGGAUAGAUUCAUGUGUACAUUUUUCGGACAUUGGCCGCUCAUCCCCGAAGGGUACUUCGACAUUGAACUCCCUCAUGACAACCUGCACAUGAUUACCGCCCGACCUUAUGCGCUUACUCCUUUUACGGACCGGGUUUUCUACAUUAAGGUGGCACGAUAUCUCACUGCAUUCACGAGCCCCCCGUCCUGGACGACCGAUCAAUACAACCCGGUGCUAGUCGCAGAAUUCGCGCAACGAUACAAAGAAGUCAUCAUUGACCAAUUGCCCCCGGCCUUCUGGUUGGAAAAUCCGGAUACGAGAUGGGAUGCUGCCGAGCCGGCAAUACUUCCGAAGCGAGAGACGCUCUAUUUGUUUAUUUACAGCACGAAGGCGUCGUUAUACCGAGCGUUUGCGGACCCCUGCAACAAUCUCCAUCGCGGUAGCAGCGCUAGAACCAGAUAUGGCACCGACCUACUAGCCCUUUCGCACCGUCGGACCUUGAUGGAUAUCGCCUGCAAAGUGAUCUCAUCUAUCACCAGACUAUAUGUUUUGACCGGUGACGAUGAAGGUGGGACGUCGGAGCAAAUGUUCUUGCUUCCGAUCCUGCUUGUCGAAGCGCUCGCCUGUCUUGGGGUAUGUCUACUUUCUAUCCAGGCAGAUACACGACGGCUGUCGAUCGCAGGCAUCCAGUACAAUCCCGACUCGGAUCUGCGGUAUAGCUACGCCACAUUCUUCGAUGCCUAUGGACUUCUUUCUCGGCAGGCGCCGCAGUACGGCAUUGCCAAAAGAGGCAUGAAUAUCCUGGAGAGCCUUCAUGGCACCUUACGUUCCUCGCCGGGUAGUCCUAGUCUUUUCCGCAUGGAAUAUUACGGUGGUGCAGGCACAGCGCGAGGCCACAGCAGCAGUAGUCAGAUCCAUGGUGCCGGCUGUUUUCACCUCGAGCAAGCCUUGAUGUCACUGCAUAGUCACGGCGGUGGCGGAGAGCUUCCGGCUCGCGUAUUUUUCCCAUUGCCUGAAUGGUUGUCGUCUUUCUUCGACUCGCCAGGUCGAUCUUGGCUCUUCCGUGAUCGAUCGGCCUUUGGAGAUCUGCUUAGCUGA